CACCUGAACCUACAGGUUCAACUGAUACAGCAACAUCUGUGCCUGUUGAUGCCACCUUUGUAUCUGAAUUGACAGAUCCAACUGAUUCAGCAAUAUCACAGUCUGCAUCAACCACUUUGUCAGUUGGACCUACAGGUUCUACAGAUGUAGCAAUGUCUGAGUCAACUACCACCACCUUGGUGUCUGAAUCAACCAGUCCCGCUGACACAAUAACAUCUGAAUCUGGGCAAUCUACGUCUGCAGUGGACCAAACCAGUCCGUCUAACACAGCUACGUCUGAGUCUACUGGUACAACCUUGGUUUCUGUAACAACCAGUGAAACUGUUUCAGUGACACCUGAGCCUGCAACAGUGACCUCAGCAACUGAGCAAACCAGUUUCACUGACACAGUUACUUUUGAGUCUACUGAAACAACAGUGGUUUCUGUAACAACUAGUGAAACUGUUUCAUUAACACCUGAGACUUCAGAGAUUACAUCAGCAACGGAGCUAACCAAUCCCACUGACACAGUAACCUCUGAUGCUAGCGAGGCAACCAAGUCACCUGAGCCUACAGGUCCAACUGAUACAGCAACAUCUGUGCCUGUUGAUGCCACCUCGGUAUCUGAAUUGACAGAUCCAACCGAUUCAGCAAUAUCACAGUCUGCAUCAACCACUUUGUCAGUUGGACCUACAGGUUCUACAGAUGUAGCAAUGUCUGAGUCAACUACCACCACUUUGGCGUCUGAAUCAACCAGUCCCACUGACACAAUAACAUCUGAAUCUGGGCAAUCUACGUCUGCAGUGGACCAAACCAGUCCGUCUGACACAGUUACUUCUGAGUCUACUGGUACACCCUUGGUUUCUGUAACAACCAGUGAAUCUGUUUCAGUGACACCUGAGCCUGCAACAGUGACCUCAGCAACUGAGCAAACCAGUUCCACUGACACAGUUACUUUUGAGUCUACUGAAACAACAGUGGUUUCUGUAACAACCAGUGAAACUGUUUCAUUAACACCUGAGACUUCAGACAUUACAUCAGCAACGGAGCUAACCAAUCCCACUGACACAGUAACCUCUGAUGCUAGCGAGGCAACCAAGUCACCUGAGCCUACAGGUCCAACUGAUACAGCAACAUCUGUGCCUGUUGAUGCCACCUCGGUAUCUGAAUUGACAGAUCCAACUGAUUUAGCAACAUCACAGUCUGCAGUGAACACUUUGUCAACUGAACCUACAGGUUCUACAGAUGUGGCAAUGUCUGAGUCAGCUGCCACCACCUUGGUGUCUCAAUCAACCAGUCCCACUGACACAAUAACAUCUGAAACUCGGCAAUCUACGUCAGCAGUGGACCAAACCAGUCCGUCUGACACAGUUACUUCUGAGUCUACUGGUACAACAUUGGUUUCUGUAACAACCAGUGAAUCUGUUUCAGUGACAUCUGAGACUUCAGAGAUCACAUCAGCAACUGAGCUAACCAAUCCCACUGACACAGUAACCUCUGAUCCUGGCCAGACAACCAAGUCACCUGAACCUACAAGUUCAACUAAUACAGCAACAUCUGUGCCCACUGGUACCACCUUUGUAUCUGAAUCAACAGGUCAAACCGAUUUAGCAACAACACAGUCUGCAGUGACCAUUUCGUCAUCUGAACCUACAGGUUCUACAGAUGUAGCAAUGUCUGAGCCAACUACCACCACCUUGGUAUCUGAAUCAGCCAAUCCUACUGAGAAAGUAACGUCUGAGUCCACCAAGACAACUAUCGCAUCUGAAACAACUACUCAGACUGAAACAGAAACAUCUGAGCCUACUCAGACUACCUUACAACCUGAAUCAACUGCUUCCACUGACACAGUAACAUCAGCAACUGGGGAGAUCACGUCAGCAGCAGACCAAACCAGUUCCACCGACAAAGUUACCUCUGAGUCUACUGGUACCACCUUGGUGUCUGUACCAACCAGUCAAACAGAUUCAGUAACUUCUGUGUCUGCAGAGACCACCUCUCCAACAAAGCCUACAGGAUCUACAGGUGCAGUAAUAUCUGAUCCCACGGGUACCACCUUGGUUUCUGAUCCAACUGUCACAGUCAAGACCACAUCAGUCAUUGAUUCAACCAGUCCAACCAAUACAGUAACAUCUGAAUCUGCUUGGACCACAUCAUCGGCUGAAGCAACCUCUACAACAGACCCGCUAUCUACCCAGCCAAGCAAACCACCAUCCUCACCUCCAACAGAACCAGCCACCAGACCGCCAACUGUAAUGCCAACAGACAUACCCACUGUACCUCUUACUACUUUACCAACUACACAAUCGUCCCUUCCAUCAACAAAACCACCAACUGACCCACCAACAACACCAUCUGCCACACCAACAACUCCAACAACCCCUCGAUCAACAACAACAGUAGAGCCCUUAAAGUGCCAAAACGGGGGAUAUUUCAAUGGAUACAACUGCACAUGUCCUGCUGGAUUCAGUGGAAAAUUCUGCGAAUUUGUGGAAUCUGUUAAUCCAGUUACAUUCAACAGGACAGUCGUUGUUAAUGUUGUGAUCGAUCAGGAAUUUAAUGACAAAUACAAAGACAAAACAUCAUCUGAAUACAAAGAGUUUGUUGGAAACUUCACUGACCAGAUGGAAACAUAUUAUCGGGGAAAGAACGUAGCAAACUUCAAAGGAGUGUUGGUAACCAGUGUCAGCCCUGGAGGCCCUCUGGUUAGAUUGUCAGAUAACACUGCGGAAGAGAUGAGAUUAUCAGAUGAAGCCAUGACUGUCUACAAGAUCACACCAAGAGCUGAGGGUGUCAGUGUCACACAUGACGUGGUUUUAGUGAUUCCAAACAACCCCAGUGCUGAAGAAUUAUAUAACAAAGACGCUGAAGCAGUUGAGAAGGCUGUCAAUGAGCUUACUCUUUGCUUAGCAGAUUGUCCUUACAAUGUCACAGCUGAGCCCACAGUGACUGAAACACAGAUAGACGCUAAAUCUGUAUGUGAAAAGUUUGUGGACAACGCAGAUGUUGCCGGAUACUAUGAGGCUGUGACUGUUGAUGGAAAAAUCAUGUGCGCGACUGUAUGUAAUAGUCUACAUUCAAGUCCAAAAACAUGCUACAAUAAAGGAGUCUGCAGAGUGUACAGGAAUGUCGGACCGCUUUGCCACUGCCAAAAUGUGGCUUCCAACUGGUACUUGGGCAAUGACUGUAGCUUCCCUAUACAGAAAACUGCUUUCUACACAGGGUUAAGUGUGACCCUUGCUUGCCUGUUGGUGACUGUGGGAGCUUUAACUGCAUACCUGGUGACCAGCAAACGCAAGCAAACACUGAGAAGAGACUUUAAACAGCAGCAGGUAAAUCAGUGGCUAGCUGAGGACUAUGAGUGGUCCAGAUCCAAAAACUCCAACAACACACAUAAUGCUGUUUUAGGAUGUUACACAAACCCUUCAUACCAACAUGAUGGAUCAGCCAUCCACCGAGAGGAGCCAGGUGUUGACAGACAUCCUGCUCCUGUCUACCAGCGCAAUGGACCAUCUUGGGAUACUGACAGCAGACAGUGGAGCCCAUCAUUACAAACAGCACACAGACACAAUACUCCAUAUUCUAAUGGUGGAUUCUCACAUCCUGCCAGCCUACCUCCCAGAGACUACUCAUCCAAUCCGAGGGGGAUCAACAGACCUCAGUCCAGGACAUCCUGGGAUGCCUGAGCGCUACGCUGAAAACUGUCAACUUGCCCGCUGAACAUACUCUUCAUGAUGAUGACUAAUUGACUAAUUAAUUUAUGUCUUUUUGCUGCCUUAUAUAAACUUGCUUAUACACAUCUGAAAUGCAGCGGGUAUCAUAGUUUAUGUACCUGUGUUUUAUGUAUUCAUGAUUUUUUUAUUGAUGUCUUGAACCAAUAGCAAGGCAAUAUAUAUUCACUAUUUAUGAGUAUAUGAACAUCCCCGUCUUAAAUGGCACAUUUAUGAAGCUUCUAAAUGUUCAGUUUGCUGACGCUGUGUCAGAGGUAUUUGUUCAUCUCUGUGGUCAGGUAUGAGACUGUAUGUUGUAUAAGGGCCACAGAGACUAAAGUCAAGGUAAAGCGGAAUCAUUGAUUUCUCUUUAAACACAUCAUAUAUGUUACAUAUAUAUAGUAAAUACAUGUUGAAAAUGUAUGAAAAGACUGUGCUGUGCUGAAUUGUGGAUUUAGAUGGAUAAACUGUUCUCCACCAUUUUGGAGGAAUUUUUGGGCCGGCAUAAAACGUGCGUCCCCCUGUUUGCAUAUAUAUUAACACCACUUUAUCUUGCAUAAAUAAUGAACAGUCCCUCAGUUAUUUUUAAAUAUUAAUUUCUA